AUGCCCAGCCUGCCAGAGAGGAUUGGACAGGUAGAAACCAUGGAGAAGAGACGGUCCCUAAGACAAGCCAGCUUAGUUCCCACAAACACGAGCCAAGAGGUGGCUGCUGUUGGUGAACUCCCUUGGAUGGUCUCACUGCAGGAUCAGGGCGGCCACGUUGCGCUGGGCUCCAUCCUAAGUCAAGACUGGAUCCUAAGCACAGCCUCCAGCUUCCACAGCAGUUCCCUUGCCGUGUCCUACUACCUCUCCUUUGUUUCCAGGACCCAGCUCUCUGUUCUGGCUGGAGCUUCAGAUCCAAAAGGGCCUGGGGAAUCUCUGGUGCCCAUCCAGACCAUUGUCCCCCACGAGGCCUUUGACGAGAUAACCCUGGUGCACAACAUUGCUCUGCUGAAGACAAGCACUCCGCUCCGUUUCAGCGUGACCGUGCAGCCCAUCUGCUUCCCCACCCCAGACUUCCCAGGGGCAACGCUGAAGAAAUGCUUUGUGGCCGGCUGGCUGGACCCUCGAGGAGGUGAGCCAGGGGUUGGUCCUCUGCAGAAACUCCCAGUGGAAGAUGUGGACCCCUGCCCCUUGCACAGAACGGUCAGCACGGAGUGUUGCAGCCACCGGGAAGGGGACCAGAUGCCUGGAUGCCUGGGGUCAGCUGGCAACCCGGUCCUGUGUGAGGCGGAAGGCAGGCAGGUGCUGAAGGGCCUGCUGAGCGAAGGGGGCGCCAGAUGCUACGGACCCUUCCUCUACAGCCGGCUCAUCUACUACAGUGACUGGAUCGUGGCCACCACGGCCAGAUGGAGGGCUCCAGCUUCCCCCUUUCCUGGCCAAAGGUAUCAGGCCUUUGGGGGCCCAGCAGCAGAGGAACGGGAGGGGCUGCUGUUCGAGCCCUUUUUGGAUCUGAGAGCCCUGAAUGUCUCCGGUGGCUCAGAAGACCCCCUCGGCCUGGACCUUUCGGAGGAGCUGGAGGAGAGUGGGCUGGGCCCCCCCAAAGGGCCAGUCGAGGCACGAGCGAAGCUUCCACUCUACUACGACUACUAUGGGGGGGAGCUGCUCGCCAUGUCUUCAGCAAAGCCCGGUCAUCCAUGGCGGCUGCAGGGCCUCCUCUGCAUGGGCCUCCUGCUGCACCUCCUGGCUUCCUGA